CGCGCUCCCGCUCGUGCCCACCUCCUGUCUGCCAUCCGAUCCUACCCCGGUCUGUUCGCUGACUCAGUGCCUUAAGCAGCAUCACCGAUCACCUGAAGAGAGCCACAGCAUCCUCUGCGGAGAAAAGUCACAUCAGCCAUGGCUAAAACAGCAACCGCGUAUAAAGAGAAGAUGAAGGAGCUGUCCGUCCUCUCCCUCAUCUGCUCCUGCUUCUACCCAGAGUCACAAAAAAAGCUUGUGCGUGAGUUUGAAGACAUGGAGGUGAAGCCUAUAAACAAGCGGGCCUCUGGCCAGGCCUUUGAGGUGAUUCUCAAGCCUCCGUCUCCGGUAUCAGACGUGGCCCACAACCUCCCCUCACCACCCAAGAGGGACAUCUCCUUGGAGGACAUUGAGAAGAAACUGGAGGCAGCCGAAGAUCGAAGGAAGUACCAGGAGGCCCAGGUGCUGAGGGUUUUGGCAGAGAAGCGAGAGCAUGAGAGGGACGUGUUGCUAAAGGCCAUGGAGGAGAACAGUAACUUCAGCAAGAUGGCCGAAGAGAGACUGCAGAUGAAGAUGGACCAGAUCAAGGAGAACCGCGACGCCCUUCUGGCAGCCAUGAUUGAGCGUCUACAGGAGAAGGAGAGACAUGCAGCUGUGGUGCGCAAGAACAAAGAGCUGAGGGAAGAGCUGACAGCAUGAGCCUCUCACAAGCCCUGACUUCCAUGGUCCAUCAAGUCCCUCCGACAAGCCCCGCCCCUCACCUUGCCCCGCCCUCACCCUCCUCAGAAUGGACACCCAACCCUGGCUGCCCAGAGGUUCGAGGACCUCACCAUCACAUCACAACACACCACACCACCAGUACACACUACUAUCAGUAUUAUCAGUGGAUACAAGCAUCAAUUACACUUAUCUUGUGAGUUGAAUGGAUUUGAUCAUUUUAGAGAAAACUAUAUGGCUUUUCUUUUGUAAAUACUGUUUUCUUAAAAUCUAUCUAUCUAUCUAUCUAUCUAUCUAUCUAUCUAUCUCUCUCUCUCUAUCUAUCUAUCUCUUCUCUCUCUCUCUCUAUGAUGGUAGGUGAAGUACGUACUAUACUGGUACUGCUCUGUAUGAUUUCAAACAUUUUGUUUGUGAUUGAUAAAUGUUUCAGUUCUUGAAAUUUUGACUCUACAACCAUUUUUUUGUGUGAAAACUUGGUGUUGUGAGUUGGCUGUAGACUGACAUUUUUUGCAGUGCUCCUGAUGAUGUUAUGAUGAUGAUGAUGAUGAUGAUGAUGAUGAUGUUUCUGUGUCUUUGUGAGGAUUGACGAUUGGUGUAAACCUAGACUACAGACUUCUCAAGAUAGCAAUGUAUCCCAUCUGUAUCUUCCUCACUCAUGCACACAUACUCUUUUUCAACACGCACGCUUGGAACUAAACAAUACGCCAAAAUCACACCGUUUCAUAAAGUGUCCACUUCCUCUUAUGAGCUUAUGAACUUGAUAGGUGCUUUAUUGUUACUAUUAAGAAUGUCUUUGGCCAAUGGGAGCAACUUUCUACACCUGCAGAUUCCCUUUUACCCUGACUACUUAAUUUCUCAAUGGAUGGAUCUUUAGCCAGAUCUCCAGCUCUACACAGUAUUUGGGGAUUAAUCUCUUGAAUGUUAUGACAUCAUACUGGUACCUGCUGUUGCUCCCACAAUUGAUAUUGGUAGUGCGAACAUGACUUAUGUCUGCUUGGGUGUGUGUGAAUGAGGAUUUACAACCAGGCUUCAACUAGCCUCUGCUCUCUCUAAGGGAUGAGAUGGAGAAUGGAUGCAGGAUGCUUUACAUUCAGCACACUAAACUAGCCUCUUUUUAAAAUCCAGUAUCACUGAUAUCUGCCUGCAUCCUCUGCUGCUUGUGUUUCUCCCUUCAUAUAUUUCUCUGUGAAAGCUUUGCUGAAUAAAGGUUUGGGAUUCUGUGAACAUAUGGCAUGCACCAUCUAAUACUUUUCUGUGCUAAAAGUGGAGGGAAAAAUGUAAACUGCAAAUAAAAGAACCAGUUAUCUACACAUCCUGAGAA